CGGCGUUGUGGGAAAGAGGUCACGAAAGCGACUCCCCAUUGCCGGAAGGGUGUUACAAACCAUGACGAACGCUGCAGGGCCGGUCGUUUCUAGCCAGGAACUAGCUAAACUGGAAGGAAAACUAAACAGCUGCAUCGCGCUUGAUCUACCAACAGAUUCGGAGGACUUCUCCACUCUGUACUCAGCCGAUGCCCAUCGUCUCUCUUGGAGCAUUCCAGCUUUGAUAGCACAUAGACAUGCGGAUGGUGGAUUGGCUUCAAUACCGUCCCAGACCUUGCGUACUACAUUACAGCCCGUUCUGGAUGGGCUGGGAGACAUUGAUGCGGUCUCGCUUUUGCGUUUACGGCUUACCGACCAAGAUGGAGCGGUGGUGGGAGGAGGCUUGCUUCCAAUUGCUCGGUACAGAAGACAAGUUGAACCAAUCCAUCGCCAGAUUACGCCACCAAGCGACGAUAACACCGUACGAUACCUACAUCUCUCCGAAAUCCCAGGACAGUACAGCAUGGGAAUUUUUGUCUUUCCGCCCUAUGCCAGGAUCCCUCUACACGAUCAUCCCGGAAUGUGCGUGCUAAGUCGUGUCCUGUACGGUAGUCUUCAUCGUCGUUCGUUGGACCUCGCACUAGAGGACGAGGAGAACAAUGACGGAUCCAACAGCCCUACUUCUGCAACUUCUCACAAGAACUCUUCUUGGAUAUCCUCUCACUUUAUGUGGAGGAACAAGCACGCCACGGAGACAACGCCAAGCUACCCCUGGGGAUCGAAACGUGCCUUUGAACAUCGAGUGGACAUUCUCACGGCACCAGAUACCACGAUUCUCUAUCCUCACGAAGGAAACCUACACGAGUUUGCGGCUGGUCCGCAAGGUGCAGCCGUCUUGGAUAUCUUGUUGCCGCCCUACGACGAAUCGCAUCACCGGGAUUGCACCUUUUACGAAAUUCGAUACGAUGCAUUUUCUCAACAAGAACAAUCGUCAUCGAAGGAUGCACACAAGGAGGGACGUCCGUGUUGGAUCAUCCCCACUUGUCAACCGGAAGACUUUCACUGCACAUCUGGUGCCUAUCGGGAACUGGGAGAAGAACCGCCGUCGUCCACCUGACACAAUGACGAGAUCUCUACCCCUGUGUUUCAUGAGGUUCUACUUUUAUAGAAGCUACCUUUUCGCAAUGAAGGGCUAGAGUUUGCUCCACGUCCUCUGAUUUCGCAGCGCUCGAUCAAUGCCUUCUUCUACAUCUUGUUUUACUAUAACAGUUUCGCUAAUUUAACAUUUACUAAGUUUGAUGAAUUUACAUUAGCUUG